CUCCCACCACCCACCUCCACCCUCGAACCCUGCCCUCUCCGUGCUCCUAUGCCAGCGCAAACACUCGAGCCCAGCACCUCUGCUGCCGGCGCUGCUGCUGCCGUCGCGCCUGAUGCUGCAGGCACCGCCGAGGCAGCGGCGCAGGCGGGUCCUGUGCCGCGCGACGCACGCAUCAUCGCCCUCAUCCUCGCCAGCAUGGGCAUCGACGACGCCGAGCCGGCCGUGCUGCUUAUGCUGCUUGAGUUUGCGCAUCGCUACACGACGGACAUCCUCUCCGACGCACUGCUGUACGCCGACCACUCGCGCGCCGGCGGCUCGGCGCAGGGCCCCAGUCUGGACGACGUGCAGCUGGCCAUCCAGGCCAAGGUGAACCACGAGUUCACGCAGCCGAUGCCCAAGGAGAUGCUGCUGUCGCUUGCCACGAGUCUCAACUCCACACCGCUGCCGCCCAUCUCGGACCGCUACGGCGUGCGGUUACCGCCGCCGCAGCACACGCUCGCCAACAUCAACUACUCCAUCAUCCCCAACGCGCCGCCGCCAUUGGACGAGGAUGCCGAAGCAGAGGAGGACGAGGAGGAGGAAGCGGCGGCUGAGAACAAGGCGCGUGCUGCUCAGGAUGCACAGACAAGAGGCGGGAGCAUCGGUGAGGAGGAUGGAGAGGAUGUGUGGCCCGAGGGCGAUGAGACUGCACAUGGCGCACAGCCCAUGGCCGUCGAUGAGGCACGGGGCACGAAGCGGGCACUGGAAGAGGACGAGGACUACGACUAGCUCGGCGCUCGACGGGAGAGCAUGUCGCAC